AUGAAGCCCGAUGGCGCCUACAAGCAGCUGGACCCACUGGAGGACCGUGGGGCGCAGCCCACCCGCUUGCCACCGAAGUACUCCUGCAGCGUGUUGCUCUCUGCCAUCCUCCUUACCCUCUUCAUCCUCAUCUUCCUCCUCUUCUUCAAUCUCUGGCUGAGCUCAGCCCUCCGUGGUGAUGCCGGCAGUGAUGCCGGUGGAAAUGCCGGAUCCUGCAGUGACACGUGCAGGAUCGUCCUGGUGGAGAGCAUCCCGGAGGGAAUGACAUUCGGUGACGGUUCUGUGCUGAAUCCGUCCACCUUCUCCACAUGGAUGAAUCUCCUGGGGACCGUCACCCGCAGCCUGGACAUUGCCUCCUUCUACUGGACCAUGACCAAUGAGGACACACGGACACAUGAGCCCUCUGCCGCCCAGGGUGAACAAAUUCUGGACGAACUCCUCCAAUUAUCCCAGCAUGGCAUCACCGUCCGAAUCGCUGUCAGCCGCCCAUCGGCAAAAUCACCCCUGAACGAUCUCCAAGCGCUGGAGCAGAGCGGUGCCGUGGUGCGCACUGUCGAUAUGCCACGGCUCACUGGCGGCGUGCUGCACACCAAGUUUUGGCUUGUUGAUAGCACCCAUCUCUACGUUGGGAGUGCCAACAUGGACUGGAGGUCUUUGACUCAGGUGAAGGAGCUUGGCGCCGCUGUAUACAACUGCAGCUGCUUGGCCAAAGAUUUAGGCAAAAUUUUUGAAGCUUAUUGGGCUCUUGGUGUUCCUGGUGCUUCCAUCCCAGUACCGUGGCCAGCAAAUUAUUCCACCACCUUCAACAUGGAGACACCGUUGGAGUUGAAGCUCAAUAACACUGAUGCCGCUGUUUACUUCUCAAGCUCCCCACCAGCUCUCUGUGCUGCCGGUCGUACCCAGGAUCUUGGCGCGCUUCUCAACGUCAUCGAUGCUGCUGAGGACUUCGUGGACGUCGCAGUGAUGAGCUACCUACCCACCACCGAAUUUUCCUACCCGCAAAGAUUUUGGCCAGCAAUUGAUAACCAGCUGCGGAAAGCUGUCUUUGAACGCCGGGUCAAGGUUCGGUUGUUGGUGGGUUGUUGGCAGCACAGCCGAGUGACCAUGUUCCCCUUCCUCAAAUCCCUCGCUGCCGUCGCCGAUAAUCGGACCCAUUACAGCAUGGAGGUGCGACUUUUCGUGGUGCCAUCGAGUGCGGCGCAAGCCCGGAUUCCCUAUGCCCGGGUCAACCACAACAAGUACAUGGUGACGGAGAAGGCGGCGUAUAUUGGGACAUCCAACUGGUCUGGCGACUACUUCGUGCAGACAGCGGGAUCAGCGCUGGUGGUGAACCAAACAGUGAGCCGAACCAGUGCCAACGCUGCUGCUGGCACCAGCACCGGUGUUUUGGCGCGGGCGUGGACCUCCCAGUACAGCGCCGACAUCGGCGAAGCCGAGCGGUGGGAGAGCCUCUGCGGCUCCCGUUAG